CUACAGCAUGUUAGGUAUUGUUGCGCCUACAGUUUCCUAGAUGGUGCUCUGAUUGAAUUCAGGAAUAAUGCAGUAUUCGAUGUUAAUGCAAUUUGAAAUUUAAUUGGAUAUUGCAUUGAUAUCAUAAAUCAACGAAGUUUAUAUUGUAAACAAUUGUGUUAAAUUAUUUCUUUCUGAUAUGUUCUUAGACUGAAUGAUAUUUUUAAAAGAUGCGAUUAACAACACAUGCAACAAUGCAUAGCGAAUGUAUUUAACUGCAACUGAGACUAUUUGAAUGUUUUGUAAAUAUUUCAAUAUUACGAGUAUAGUAUUUUCUUACUAUACUAGAAAAGUUAUUGAACAUAGACAGUAUAUAUUUAUAAAAUAGUGACAGCAUAAAAUUUGAAAUACCAACAAAAUUAUGAAUGCAGUGAUAAACUUUUUAAUUUUAGGUCUUACAUUUACAAUGUGUACAUUGAUAAAUACCCCUUAAAAGAUUUAAUUAUUCCAUAUUUUGUACAUUGGAAUAUUUGAAUAAUAAUAUGGAAUUAUUGAUUGAGUAACAAAUAUGUGAUCAAGAUUGAUAGUGAAUGCAUUCAAAUCGCAAAUACAGUUGAUUAUGAUUUGAAUGUUUUAUGUAUAGUAUGGUUAUGUACGACUGCAAAUACUCCACCUGUGAUAUGAUUGUGGUAUAAAAAAAUGUUUUUUUAAACUGUGAUGGAUUUGUAACGUUACAAAAAAUUUUAUUUUAUUCGAUUAAAAUGAUUUUGAACUAAAUACACGUUAACGGUUUCUUUAAAACAAAUCAAAAACGUUCUCCAGAAGUAUUUGUAACAACAAAGAACUUAAAAAUGACCUUGUACUGUGAUGCAUUAGCAUGUACUGGUAUGAAUGUAAAUGCAAUUAAAUGUAAAUUAAAAAAAAAUAUUCUAAAAAAAAUUGAAGAUGAUCUAGACAUAGAAGAAAAAAUAUCUAUUCUAUUCUUAAUGAUAGAUGAUUAUACCUGUGGUUUUAAAGAUGUUUAUUAUUUAUUGGAAAAAUAUAAGGAAUAUGAAACUUAUAUACUUAAGGCAUUUAUUGACAAUCAUGAAAAUAAUUGGGAGAAUAAAUUAUUGGAAGCAAUCUGCAUUAUACAAAAUCGACAAGUAAUAAGAAAACUGGGAUUGUUAUUCGAUGAGUUAGAAUUAUUAUAUUUUCCAAAAAUCAGGCUGUGUGCUCGACACAUAAACCCUAUUGCAAAAUGCUUAUAUUUCUUAUGUGAAAAUUUAACACAAAAUGAUACAAUGUUAUUAUUGCAAUAUGUGAAAAGUGAUUUCAACGAAUACGAAGAAAAUUUAAAAGAUACGGAUUGCCUUGAAUUACAUAUUUUAUAUUGGUUGCAAGAAAAACAUAUUUCAUUUCAUAAAGGUAGGGUAAAUCUAAAGAAUUUACUUAGACAUAUGAAAACAUUUGAUGAUAUUGCGCUUAUAUACGAGGAUUUUAAGAAAAUGGAAGAUCAUCAGUCUGUGCUGGAUGUUCAAAAUAUAAGCUCAUACAGUACACCGCCUUUAAAGUUUUCUGUAACUGAAGGUACACAGUUACUUCCUGUUGGUGCAGAAAAUGACAUUAAAAGAUUAAAGAAAGGUCUUUGCAUAAUUAUAAGUCAAAUGUCUUUUUUGGGUGAGAAGUUUGAAACUCGAUUUGGUACUGCAGCAGAUUGUAGGAAACUAUCAGAAACAUUUAAAGGUUUUGGCUUUGCUGUCAGUAUAUUUAAAAAUUUAAAGAAAGAUGAAAUAUUAAAAACAUUGGAAGACAUUCCAGAAGCAUUUGGGACUAAUUACGACUGUUUAUUUCUAUGUAUUUUAAGCCAUGGAUGUAAAGGAGGUAUUAUUAGUUCAGACGAACAAGAAGUAAGUCUUGAUGCAAUUGAGCAUAAAAUUUGCUGUGAAAAGUUAAUGAAUGUUAUUAAAAUUGUAAUUGUACAAGCUUGUCAAGGACAAGCAACAGGGCUCGCAGAUGAAGCUUUAACUACAGAUGGUCGGACAAAUAAUAUUAUUUCUAAUAUUUUCGCAUACAGAAACUUUUGUAUAUUCAUGUCAACAAUGCAAGGGUUUGUGUCUGUACGUCAUAAAGAAGAAGGAUCGUGGUUUAUACAGGAAUUUUGUAAUGUGCUACAAAAUGAAGGAUCCGAAAUAACGUUUAUGAAAGCUACCAAUAAAAUAAUUCAGGGCGUCAUGAAAAAACGAGGAAAGAUAUAUGGAACAAAUGCUAUUGCACAAUUACCUGAGCUACGUACCUACAGGCUGGUUACAGAUUUUCAGUUUCCGGAAUAUAGACCAGAAAUAGCAAAAUCUUGACAUUGUGAAUUUUGAAAACAUUUUUUAUAUACUAUGACAGUUGUUGACGAUAUUGAUUACAAAGAGCUGCAGUUAGUUACAUAGUGUAAAAAAAUCAACGCUAUUCCGUCCUAAAAGAAUAAUUUGUAAAUUUGUAAAUUGUAUCAUUUGUAAAUUUAUCCAUGAAACAUGUAAAAUAAAAAAUUACGUACAUUUGAUUUUUA